AUGUCGUACGCGACCGCCCGGAUUGGGUACAACUACAAGCUGAUAUCAAACGGCACCAUGCUUCCUGUGCAGACUUGGGGUGGCAACAGCUCCUUCGUAGAUGCGGUGAGCAUCUUUGCCUCCCCCACAUCCCCUAUGUGUGGGCUCAGCAAAAGCAACACCCGGUUGCCAUUGCUUCUGUCUUUGAAGUGCCAUCUGUAUGCGUGCAUCAAUUUACUCUUCUGCUCAGGCUUUUCUGUGGCGGUCAAGGGUUGCGUGGCAGAGAUGGGAACCAUUGGCAAGCUGCUACAAGCCAGAACUGUUGCGUAUAUUGAUUGCCUUUGGCAUGGACGUAAAGCUGUGGAAACCCUGCGGCGCUUCUUGUUGGUAUGCCCACUCACGUCCUACGCGAACGCUGGUUUGCCCGAGGUGAUUCUGGCCAACUUGGCCCGUCCCCAUUUGUGGAUGGACAUGCCAACCUCUCAUAGGAAGGCCCUCAUUCGAGCGGUGAACAAGAAACGGCAGUUACGCAAAGCAUGGCUCUGCGAGACGCAAUUGAACAAGCUUAAGAGAUGCGUUGUUGGCUCAGCACUGGUCUUGCGUUGUGCCCUGAGAUCUGUUUCUACCAGCUUUAGCUUCUGCUGGCUGCCCGCUGAAGCCCAAGUGCUUCAGACUGACAGUUUGCAGUGA